CUGUUCCCCUGAAAGUUUGAUUUGUUGACACGCCUUUUGUUGUCUGAUCCGGAGGCUGCGUUUAACCAACGAGCAUCGCUCACCGACAGCUUUGGGAUUCAUUUGAGCCCAAAAGCGACGGUUGACAGCCUGAUAGGAUGAGUGGAGAGGACCUGAAUCCAGCUGCAGUGGCGCUGCCAGUAGAAGAUGUUCAUGGAGAUGGUCGGUGGAUGUCGCAGCACACAAGGUUCAAGCAGGAGUGCAAAGAUGCUGAACCAGAUGUGCUUUUUGUGGGGGAUUCUAUGGUGCAGCUUAUGCAGCAGUAUGAGAUCUGGAGGGAGUUGUUCUCCCCUCUUCACGCCCUCAGCUUUGGCAUCGGCGGGGACACAACCUGUAACGUGCUGUGGAGGCUACAGAAUGGUGAACUGGAGAACAUCCGCCCAAAGGUGGUGGUGUUGUGGGUAGGAACAAAUAACUACGAACACACAGCAGAACAAGUUGCACGAGGAAUUCUUGCAAUUGCACAGCUGCUCACGUCCCGACUCCCCAAAGCAAAGAUAAUUGUUCUGGGACUGUUGCCUCGAGGGGAGCAUCCCAACCGGCUGAGGGAGAAGAAUGCGGCUGUUAAUGGGUUUCUGCACUCUUGGCUACCACGUUUAGGCCAGGCUCAGUUCUUGGACGUGAGCAGGGAGUUUGUCCAGUCUGAUGGAACCAUCAGCUCACACGACAUGUUUGACUUCCUUCACCUGACUUCAGCUGGUUACCACAAUGUGGCAAAGCCCCUCUGUGACCUGCUGCUCCAGAUACUGGAGGAAACACCAGAGGAGAGACGGGCGUCCCUGGUCUGAAGGCUGCGGAUCAGCAACACAUACUCAGAGGCAUGUCUCGCCCACUGCUAUGGUAGAUGGGAAAGACAUGCUCCUGGUACCUACAGGAGGAAGGGCCCAUUCACAAAAGGACAAGGUGCUCUGGAGGCCAGUGGGAUCACAUUCAUGAAUGGAUGGUUUGUUUGGGAGAGGCGAUAACGAGGUAGUGUAGAUGUAGACACUGUCUGUGCAGUAGCCAGCUUUAUAGCUUGUAGUAUAUACUGGGUUCUCAUUAUUUUGAACACUCACCACUGCAUAGGCAUUCAGAUUUAUUCAUUUCAACCUGUCUACAGAAUGGGUGGUUCCCAUUCCCACUUACACACCCGACAGCUUGAGUUUGUUAUGAGACAAAAGAUUAUCGCAAUAUUUAACAGCAGUCUGGUGCAAAGACAGCCGCUGAGUAAUGUACAAAUAAUGAGUGUUUACUGAGUGCAAUGGUAAGAAUAUUUUCAGGAGUUGAACAAUGGAACAUACCCUUUAGCAAGUGCCAGCUGACUUGAAUUGUACAUUCCACCUUUCUGCCAAUGAAAAUAUUCUUUCCAUUGCAUGAAUGGAAAAUAUUGUUUGUUUUAUGUGAUACCUAAAUAAAUCUGUGUCAUUUAACAUUUCACUUAAAAUUGGACUAGUGCUUCUUCUCAGAGCAGGAAAUGUAACAGAGCAGUCGAUGGAGACCUACCAGUUAAGUCCGUCCUGCGGGCAACUCUCAAACACACCGCUAAGUUCAGCAAGUGCCACUGAGGUGCUUAGCAGGAUGUGUGUGCAUGUAUGGAGCACACACUUUGCUUUUGUCAGUCCAGCACAAAUCAUGAUCAGAAAUUUGUCUAAUUCUUCAUCUGACAACACUUAAUCAAAGAUGUGUUUUUACAAAAAAAGAUAAUGGGGCCAUGCAGUACAGCAAAAUGUGGGACAAAAUGCACACUAAAUGGUACAAAAAUACAUGGUAUAUGACUUUACUCAUAGAAUGGGAUUAAUAACUGUCAGGCGACAUACAAUCCAGCAGUCAAUUGACAAGGAACUAUUUAAGUGUCACAUAACACAAUUAAAG